AAUUUUCGGACAGCUGACAGCUGCAGUCCGUAUGGAUUUGUUUAUCCGAAAAGAACUGAGCUUAUCCACGAGCAGCGCGCUUGAAGAUGUGGCGCCGCACUGUCGCAAGCUACUCACAUGGCUGCACGAUUGCCACGAGGAGAUGCACUCCGAGCACCGGCAUCUGCGACUGAGCCAAUCCGUUGUGGAAUCCCUGCUAAAGGCUCACCUGUACCUGUUCGAGUGCUAUGAUCGCUUCGGGGAAUCGCUGGCCGAGCACUGCGAUUGCCGUGGCUUCUUCGCUGGCUGCUCCGCACUGGAGGAUAGGAGAAAGUGCAUUCGUGAGCUGUGCACCACCAUUGUGAACACACGAAAGGGAGAAGCUCAUGCACCACUUCUUCACCUUUCGCAUCGCACAUUGGCCGAGAUUCAGCCGGCAUGGAGUGUGAUCGGUGAUUUGGACUGGUCGGCAAUACGCCAAUCCGAUGCGCUUUCUUCCAGCGAUUUUAUUAAUCCCGAUCUUCAGCAGAUGCGACGGCUAGUCAAGCGGAUUGGCCGCUUGUCCAGCCUUGAGGACAUGCAGACCGCAAUAAAGCGCUCCAUGGAGCUGAUUGAGUACCAGGUGUGGCUGCAGCUUUUUAGGGAGCCAAAGGACAGCGACAUUCACACCGAUUGCUACCUAAUGCGCCACAUGAUCUGCGACACCCUGACGGAGGGCGGAUCUACCGCUUGCACCGGCUUCCUGCACAAUAUCUUUCUGUUCGUAUCGCAAUCCGGCAAUGAGAUGAGAUUCUGGGCCAGUAUGGAGCAUGUACGUCUGGCUGGCAGCCUGAUUACCUACCUAAUCGACCAUUGGAAUCGCCACCUGCCCUACUUAGACUUGGACGAGAUGCAAUUGACCGCUGAUGCGCCAGUCACGGCUGUCUCGCAGCUGCCCGUGAACGAGGCCACAUACAUAACCUACCUGAUGCUGGCCACCGGAUCCAUAUGUCGCCGGCAGUUCGCCCAGCAGCUGCGUGCCCAACUACCCGCCAAUUGCUGGACACAUUUGCUGGACCUGCUAAAUAAAGUGGCAUUCGUUUUCACUUAACUACACUACGAUUUUAAU